UUGACUUCUUAUGUGCAUUUUACUUUCUGUACAAAUUAAAGUAUUAGUACCGGCCAAAUUUCAUGGAAGUUGAAAACCAGUGUAAUUUCGAAUUAUUUUAUCAUUUGAAUGAACUAGCGCCAUUUGGGGUUUAGAUUUGAAUGAACAAAUGUAGAGCUGAUUUGCUCUUCCACUGUAAUUUUACAUAUUUUUCUGAGGCCUGAGCAUUAGUGGAAGUUUUCAGCUGCGCUGUGGCUCUUUUCGUUGGAUCAAUUGCAGUGGCUAGGGGUGCUCCAACCGGUCCGAUGUGGACAGGUGCGGUGUCGUGGGUGGCUGGUUGCAGUUUACCAAUUCUGAAGUUGGGUUGGGGGGUUAUAAGUCUUAUAUUCGCACAAUGCCUAUAUCUGGCGUUAUUUUCCUUUGUUGUAAGCUACACGCUUUGAAUUUGUUAUGCUUUGUGUGUUAUUGGCUCGAUUUGUUUCGUGCGUAUUGGUCAACACUGAUUAUUUUGUAAAAGUGUCAUAGACCUAGUGGCUAGAAGAAGAAUGUUGAAACACUUGAAACCCCUUGUCUGUUUAGCUCUCUGAUUGCCAAGAUUAUCAUUAGGUUUUAACUCUGACUGACUAUGAAAGUGAACAGCAAGUUGCUAUCGCAUGUAAACCUAAGAAAACAGGGUAUCUUGUUGUGCUAAUCUAAAACCUAUAAGAAAUCAAGCUUUUUUCUAUGGUGUCUACAAAAAGGACUAGCUGAUUACUCGUAUUGUACCUUGCAAAUGACAGAAUAUGUAGCCAUUCUACCCCAUGUGAAGCUGCAAGUUCAUGGUACUCUCUUAGAAGAGUGGUCUUGUCUGCCAAAAAAUCCCUCUCUCCCUGCCAAAAGGGGCUUCUAUAAUGGAAGGAAAAUAGUUAGUGGAUUGUCUUCUUGGAAAGCCCGCAAGAUCAUUGCACCUCAAAGAAAAAUCCUGAAUGGAAGUCCAAUGAGGAAGACUACAAGGUGCUAUUGCUUGAAUGCCCUAGCCAAUGUUGAUGCUGCAGCUGCUACUUCAGAAUGGGUUCCGUUCAUUGAUCAAGUCCUCCUUUUAGCUACUAUUAUCCUUACUUGUAUGUCUCAUCAUAGCUUGACGAGUAUCUGAGUGGAAGAUGAUAGAAGCACCAUUAUUCAUUGAAAUUAAAGUUCUAUUUUGAGAUACUGGUUUAUUUAAUUGCAGUUCAGUGACAAUUGAUGAUGAGGUUUGGUUGCAGUUUGCCUGGUAUGUUGUGAGAAACAAGCUAAUGGAUUCAUUAUCUGCUCUUAAUAAUGUGGUAAAUCCUAGUGAAAACAUAGGGAAACUUGAACAAAACCCUGCCACACAGCCAUCAAGCUUAUAAGCUGUUUCUGAAGGUCCUAGAAUUAGACUUCUCUGGAGAUCAUUUCAGCGGCUCAAAAAAGAGGUGACCAAUAUUUCUGCAAAUUCUGCUGCAAAGUCUACAAACGAGUUCUUGGCUGUCUUUACUGAAACUUUUCAAAACUGCUGCAGCCCUCUAUGCAUGGCAUGGCUUGAAGAGGAGAUUCGCCUCAUCUCCAGAAAACCUGACAAGGACCUUCUUUCUUUGGCCAAAAGUAAGCUGAAUGGAUAUGACAGCAUAGUUCUAAAUAUCAGAAAUUCAGGCAAGGAGGAUCUAUAUGCAGAGUUGAUAUAUGCCCUUAAAUUUGGUUCUUCCAGGAAAGGUGGCUACUAUAAUUCUACCUUGUUCAUUGAGCAUGGAGUAGCUAUAUUAGAGGAUUUGCUUAUCACGUUAGCAGAUGGCAUUGCAAGCAUGUACUUGGAGCUUAUAUCUGUGGAUAGUAGCUUAUCCAAUGAAAUGAACAAUCUUGGUUUCAGCUUCUGUACCCUCUCCACCAGAGCACUUCAGAGAUUACGUAAUGAGGUGGCAUUGCAGCAAUGGUUGCAUCAAAACAUGGCUGCAGUGGCAUCUAUGUAUGAGGACCGAUUUGACCUUUGUAUCCUUAAAAGCCAACUUAUUGAGUCCAGAGGCAAUGAGACUGAAAAGUUUGGUUGGUUGAAGAAGAUUAGUUUUGUGAGAUCAGGCCCCAUAUCAUCAUCACUAAGUUAUGCUACCAUCAAUAGCAUCUCUUUACCUGUUAAAAGGACCAAGGAGUUGAGGGCCUUGGUUGGGUUGAGGUACUACUUUAGUCUCUUCCUUGAACUGGCCAACAUCACCAUGCCAAUUGUCAAAAUAGUUGUUGCAAAAGUCAGUGAUGCUAUAUCGUUCUUCCUUGUCAGCUUGAUAGGAAGGUCACUGGGGCUAAUCUACUCUGGUAUUAGGAACUCCUUACGACUGAAGUUUCUGCUAGAAAUCUGUGAUUGGGACCUAGCUAGUGUGGGGAGUAGUGAUCAGAGCUGGGCAACGAGAAUGGAAUAUUGGGCCCUAAAGAAAAGUGAUUCCAAUAAGCCAUGCAAGCAAAGAUACAUUACUUUGACUGUAAAGUUGUUUUCAAGGUGAUGAUAAAAUAUUGCAGGAUAAUGAGAAUCUGCUAUUUGCUCAUGCAUUAAUAUAUAUACUAAAAUGGACGUAUGGUUAUCGCCUUAUAGUCCACCCAAAGUGUGAUUUACAUUCCGCAGUUCGUAUGAUCUUAGCCUUGUACUAAUGACGAUACACAGCUCAAAUAGUAAGACGAUCCUUCCUCCGAUCAAUAGGUUUGGGGUUGUUACUUCGUGUGUGUUCUCAGAAAAAUCUUGCAAGGAUGUUAUAAUUACAUAUGCUGGCCUUGGAUUCCUGAUUGCUGUGUACGUUAUUGAAAAUAUGAUUUAUGAAUUUUGGUUUCGAAUUAUUGUGUGAUUAAACCUUGUUU